CCAGAACUGCAAAUCAGAAGAUCUGGCCGGGCUCCCCUCGUUAAAAGAAAGAGAAAGAAAAAGACGGGCUAUCUCCCUCACGCGCUAAAGACCGGGCGCGGCGCAGCCCCACCGUCAGCCGCCGGCAAAGAAAAGCAGAGAACUAGAGAGAGAGAGGGACUUAGAGAGAGAGAGAGAUUGGGCUCCCCUCCUUUCGAGGAAUCUGCCGCUUCCCACCGCGGGAAAGCUCUCUCUCUCUCUCUCAUCUUCAAUCCCUCCCCUCCAUCGCCAGUAUAAAAGGGCAAGCGGCGUCCCUCGCUUUUGCUCUGCAGAACCCACGCCCCUAAAAAGGAAUAAAAAUCACUCCUUUUUUCCUCAGCUUUUUCCCGAGAUCCGAACGUUUCCUUCUCCUUCCUCGCUCCUUCCUCCUCAUCCCCCCGAAAAACACCAAAAACCCUAUCUUCUUCCUCCUCUCCAGCGCCACACAAUCUCUGCUCCCAUAUCCAUCUCCCGCCUCCCCGGAAAAAUCCCUACUUUUUCCUCUUAAAAAUCCCUCCUUUCUUCACCGGAGGCUUCCGCCCUUGGAUUCCCAUCAUGGGUCUCGCUCCCUUCUCCUUCUUGUGACCGACCCUCAUUCCCUUAUCCAGUUUCCUUCCUACCCUUUCCGGGUCCCCAUUCCUUUCCGGGCAUUUUCUUGAUUCUUUUCCCCUUUUUAGUCCGCGUUCGGCUUUCCGGGCAGUACAGCAUGAGGACCAUGGCGAUCUCCCCUCAAUCCCCUCCCUCUUCCUCCUCUGCCCUGCCCCCUCCUUCCGUCGCCCUUACCCAGGACGACCUCAAGCGGAUUGCCGCCUACAAGGCCGUCGAGUACGUCCGCUCCGGCAUGGUCCUCGGCCUCGGCACCGGCUCCACCGCCCGCCACGCCGUCGACCGCAUCGCCGAACUCCUCCGCCGGGGCGAGCUCUCCGGCAUCGUCGGCGUCCCCACCUCCACCCAGACCCACCAGCAGGCCCUCGCCCUCGGCAUCCCGCUCUCCGACCUCGACGCCCACCCGUCCCUCGAUUUGGCCAUCGACGGCGCCGACGAGGUCGACUCCCACCUCAACCUCGUCAAGGGGCGGGGCGGGUCGCUGCUCAGGGAGAAGAUGGUCGAGGGGGUGUGCAAGAAGUUCGUCGUCAUCGUCGACGAGAGCAAGCUGGUCCCGUAUCUGGGAGGCAGCGGUCUCGCCAUGCCGGUUGAGGUCGUGCCCUUCUGCUGGAAGUUCACCGCCGGGAGGCUGCGGCAGCUCUUUGAGGAUGCGGGGUGCACUGCCAAGCUGCGGACUUUCCCGGAGACCGAGAAGCCCUUUGUGACCGAUAACGGGAAUUACAUUGUGGACUUGUACUUCAAGAAGGACAUUGGGGACUUGAAGGCGGCGAGCGACGCGAUCCUGCGGCUGGCUGGAGUCGUCGAGCAUGGUAUGUUUCUCGACAUGGCGACCACCGUGAUCGUGGCGGGGAAGCUCGGGGUCGAGGUGCUGGAUAAAUAGUGAAGUAGUUCCAAUUGGUUCGCCACAAUGAAGUGGCAAUUUCUAACAAAUUUAUUAGUUUGGGAACCCGAAAUACAGGAUUGUUUAGGCGAGCUGGCAGAAGUUUUGGCUGGUGAUCGUUGGGAAGGGCAAGUUUUUGAUUCUUACUUUUUCCCUUUUUUUUUUUUUUUUUUUUUCCUAUAGGACGGUAGGAAGAACAGCAUGUGGCAAGAGUCCACUCAAAUUUUGCUGUUGUCUGGAGGGGGGACAUUGGAAUAUUUAAGGCUUUCUUAGGAAAGCUGAUUGACAAGCUUCUGUAUACCCAAAGUCACGCUCUUUUAAAUGCAAGUUCUGCUUUAUUUACUUAA